CCUGUAGCCUGGUAGAGUGCCGCCCAUUUUUCUUGACAAGCACUAUCCAAAAACAAAACACUGAAAACACAAAACCCAAAGACCGAGGAUUAGAGAAGACCUAAGUCACGAAUGCAACAUAUAUCAGAAUAGUCAUUAAGGCUUGCUAUUCUAAACGGUACAAAUUGUCUGAAUUUCUUGUCACCACCCAAUCCUUUGCAAGAGAUGGCUGACCCAGCCGGCUACAAGUUGAGCAACGUCCUCUUAGGACACACCGGCGACGUAAGAGGAGUUGCCGUCACCCAGGACGGAGCCGUUUUGUCCGCUUCCAGAGACAAAACGGCUAAACUAUGGAGAUUAGACAGCACUCACCCUAUGGCAGUUCAAACCUACAAAGGGCACACAAAUUACGUUUCAUGCGUGUGCGCGGUGCCUCCCAGCGACACUUACCCUGAGGGACUGGUCCUGAGUGGAAGCAACGACCACUCAAUCUGUGCCUUCAACCCUGCAACCGCAGAACUUUUAUUUGUGCUUGAGGGUCACACCAAUGUUGUUUGCUCUGUGAACUUGACGAGUGAGGGUUUCGUGCUGAGUUCAUCUUGGGACAACACCGCCCGAGUUUGGACUGAUAAGACUGAGAUCCUGAAACUCGAGGGUCAUUCCGCCUCAGUUUGGAGUGCGAUUGAACUUCCGGGCAGCAAGCUGUUGGUCACUGCCUCUGCCGACAAAUCUAUCAAGAUUUGGGAAGGUCCCAAGUGUCAAAAAACUAUUACUGGCCACGAAGAUUGUGUGCGAGGACUUGCUGGCGUGUCCCUCAAUGAGUUUCUGUCUUGCGCCAACGACGCCACUGUCCGCAUGUGGACUGUCAAUGGCGAUUGCCUCGGCGUCUUCUAUGGACACAGCAAUUACAUUUACAGCAUUGCUUUGUUGCCUGACAAAAGUGGAUUUGUCACUUCUGGAGAGGACUCGAGCGUGAGAAUUUGGAAGUCGGAUGGAGAAACGCAGCAAGUGAUUCAGAUGCAAUGCCAGAGUAUCUGGGCUGUGACCGUGCUGCCAAAUGGUGACGUGGCAGCUGGCUGCAGUGACAACGUUGUCAGGGUUUUUAGCAAAGACUCAUCUCGACAUGCUGAACAGAGCGAACUGGAAAAGUUUGAGGAGGAAGUUUCGAAUUUCGGCAAGAGCAAAGGAGAUGAGCUCGGAGAAAUCAAAGUCAAUGACCUGCCUACUGAAGCAGCUCUUCUCGCUCCUGGCACAAAGGAUGGACAAACAAAGCUUAUUCGAGACGGAGGCGAAAUUAUUUGCUAUAACUGGUCUGCAGCACAGAAUCAAUGGAUCAAAGUUGGUCCAGUUGUUGGUGCGAAAAAUCCUACCGAUGGCCGUACGAUGUUUGAGGGAAAGGAAUAUGACUUUGUCUUCAGCGUCGAUGUUGAAGAAGGGAACCCUCCUCUGAAACUUCCCUUCAACAAAACAGAGGAUCCAUACACAGCUGCUCAAGCAUUUAUCCACAAGAACAACCUGAGCCAAUAUUACCUGGACACCAUUGCCAACUUCAUCAUCAAAAACGCAGGCAUAACUACCAUGCCUGCCGCUCCUCAGGGUACUUUUGUUGAUCCUUUCACUGGAGAGAGUAGAUACGUGCCCGGUUCAUCAACGCAGUCAACUGGACCCACCUCUGCCAACCCAGAUCCAUUUACAGGAGGAAGCAGCUACACCAGUGCUGCUGCAAAUAGUGAGAUUGCGGCGGCCAGUAAUUCAACUCAACACCACUAUCACCUGUUUGAGCAGGGAAAAGCAGAAGUUAUGGCCAAUAAGAUUCAAGAGUUCAACAAAACCUGUCUUUUGCCAUUGAGCGAAGACGCUAUUUUCAAAGCAGUCGCCCUUCACGACCCGAAUGCCCCAGCAGAAGAGGCAGCCAUUCGGACGCUCCAAGCUCUAUUGGCUUGGGACAAAGAUAAGCUGUUCCCUGUGCUUGACCUGCUGCGCCUGGCGCUGCGCAACAGAACUGUGAACGACGCCAUCUGCUCUGGUACUUUCAUGAAUAACUUCAUCGACAUUGUCUUGCGACCUUCACUGACAAAUCAAGCACCUGAAUUGACACGACUGACUGCUUUGAGGGUAGUGACCAACAUGGUCGCACAUCCUGCUGGUGAAAAACUUGCUCAGGAAAACGCAGAGUUCUUCCUCAACUGCGCUACCCAAUUGACUCUGCCCAAUGACAACCCCAAUGCCAGACAGCAAGUCGCCGUCGCCACAGUGCUCUUUAACUACUCAGUUGCCUUUUUGAAAGGACAUACAGAUGUGCAGAAGCUUGUUUAUCCCUUGGCCCUGACCAUUUUGCCUCGCCUCACGGACAUGGAAGCCAAGAACAGGAUGCUGAGAACUCUUUCCAAUUUUCUUGGAAAGUCUAACCAAGCCAUGUUUGCUCAGGCAGUGGACAAGAAACUUUCGGACGAGCUUGCUGUCCUCAUUGCUGAACCCAAAACUUCGGAACUGGCGAGCCAACUUCUCUCAAUUUUGCCUUAAUUUAUAAUUUAGCUUCGUUUUGAUGAUGAAAGAAAUAAAAGAAUAGUUCUUAACUGUCACAUUA